AUGAAUGAACAACAAAGAAAUUUUGAAAAUUUUGCUGAAGAAAUAAUUAGAAUAGCUUCCCGUAUUCUCCAUGAGGGUGAAGAUUUAAAUUCAUUGGAAUUACAGUUGGAAAAAAUUGAAACUUUGCAUUCAAUGUAUGUCCAUUUGGGUUUGCAAUAUAAUGUGGACCAUAGAUUAAUUCAAUUAUCAAAUUUAAAAGAAAUGAUUGAGUCUAGGAUCAAUCUUUUACAAAAUGAGGCAUCACAACCUCUUUUAUAUAGAGAAGAAAAUGGAGGAAGACCAAAACUAUUGAUUAAUGAAAAUAUUAUUAGAAUAUUGCGACAAGAAGGACAUACAUGGAUACGAAUUGCAGAUAUAUUUGGUGUUUCUUAUAGAACAAUUUUAAGAAGAAGAAUUGAAUUGAAUUUGCCUGAUGAUUUAGCAUACACUAAUAUAUCAAAUGAUGAUUUAGAUAACGAAAUCAGAAACAUACAAAGAGAACAACCAUUUUCUGGACAGAUAAUAAUAGCAGGUGUAUUACGUUCAAGAGGAAUACGUGUUCAUCGUCAAAGGCUACGUGAGUCAUUAAAUCGUGUUGAUGCUUGGGGAAUGGUACAAAGAUGGUCCAAUAUAAUUCCAAGGCGUGUUUAUCAAGUUGCUGGCCCAAAUGCACUUUGGCAUAUUGAUGGAAAUCACAAGCUAAUUAGGUGGAAAUUUGUUGUGCAUGCAGGAAUAGAUGGUUAUUCACGAAUGAUCACUUUUUGUAACUGCAGUAGUAACAAUAAAUCCAUUACUGUUUUAACACAAUUUCAAAAAGGAAUAGAACAAUUUGGUAUUCCAAGUAGAGUAAGGGCAGAUCAUGGUGGUGAAAAUGCUUUAGUAAAGCAAUUUAUGGAAAGAUAUAGAGGGUAUGGACGUGGUAGUUUUAUAGCAGGACGCUCUGUUCAUAAUCAACGCAUUGAAAGGUUAUGGGGUGAUAUAAAUCGAUGUGUUUUAAAGAUAUAUAAAACUAUUUUUCUAUAUUUAGAAGAAAAUUUUGAAUUAGAUAUUGAUAAUAAUGUGUAUUUAUUUUGUUUGCAUUUAACUUAUUUGAAUCGUAUUAAUAAAAGCCUUAAAUUAUUUGUAGAUGGGUGGAAUAAUCAUUCAAUUCGUACUGAACAUUUUCAGACUCCAUUACAAUUAUUUACAUCUGGAAUGAUUGAAUGUGGAUAUAGAGGAAUGGAAGAUUUUAAUGUCAAUGAACUGUAUGGGAUUGACUGGGAAGGGCCUAUACCAUCAAAUUCAGAUGAUAAUGCUGCUGCUGUGGUUGUUGAAGAUCCUAGAAAUGUUUUAAACCAAAAUGAAUAUCAUGAAUUAUUAAAUUCAGUGGGUAUAGAUAGAGAAGAUAAUAAUUAUGGAAUAAAUGUUUAUUUAGAUACUUAA